GAAGGUUGGUGCGGGACAGCUGGCGCCGGCAGCAGCGGAGGGGCCGGUGGCGCCGGCGGCUGGCCGGAGCGCGCUGCGUUGCAGGUGUCGGGCGAGACAGGUGGUGGAAGCUGCAGCCCCGCGGCCCCUGCACAGAAGGAACCUUGGCUGCUGGACCUUUCUUCACUUCUGAAGAUGGCGGGUGAAAUCACAGAGACCGGGGAGCUUUAUUCUCCCUACGUUGGGCUGGUGUACAUGUUCAACCUCAUCGUGGGCACGGGCGCACUCACCAUGCCCAAGGCCUUUGCCGCUGCUGGUUGGCUCGUCAGCCUCGUCCUGCUGGUGUUCCUGGGCUUCAUGAGCUUUGUGACCACGACCUUUGUGAUGGAGGCGAUGGCCGCAGCCAAUGCUCAGCUCCGGUGGAAGAGGAUGGAAAGCCCCAAGGAGGAGGAAGAGGACAGCUCCUCCUCAGCCUCUGACAGUGACGUUCUUAUCCAGGACAGCUACGAACGGGCGGAAAAACGGCCCAUCCUGUCUGUGCAGAGACGUGGAUCCUCGAACCUUUUUGAAAUCACAGACCGAGUGGAGAUGGGACAGAUGGCCUCCAUGUUCUUCAAUAAAGUGGGCGUCAACCUGUUCUAUUUCUGCAUCAUCAUUUACCUGUAUGGGGACCUGGCCAUCUAUGCUGCAGCCGUGCCCUUCUCCCUCAUGCAGGUGACCUGCAGCACCACUGGCAAUGACUCCUGCGGUGUGGAAGCCGACACCAAGUACAAUGACACCGACCUGUGCUGGGGUCCCAUCCGCCGGGUCGACGCCUAUCGCAUCUACUUGGCAGUCUUCACCCUCCUUCUGGGACCCUUCACCUUCUUUGAUGUCCAGAAGACCAAGUACCUGCAGAUCCUGACCUCGCUGAUGAGAUGGAUCGCUUUCACCAUCAUGAUCGUGCUGGCCCUGGUCCGCAUCGGGCACGGGCAGGGGGAGGGCCACCCGCCCCUGGCCGACCUCGCAGGGGUCCGGAACCUGUUCGGCGUGUGCGUCUACUCCUUCAUGUGCCAGCACUCCCUGCCGUCCCUCGUCACCCCAGUGUCCUCCAAGCGCCACCUCACGGGGCUGGUCUUCCUGGACUACAUGCUGAUCCUGGCCUUUUACAGCCUCCUCUCCUUCACUGCCAUCUUCUGCUUCCGCAGUGACAGCCUCCUGGACAUGUACACCCUCAACUUUGCGCACUGCGACGUCGUGGGCCUGGCUGCCGUGCGCUUCUUCCUGGCCCUCUUCCCCGUCUUCACCAUCAGCACCAACUUCCCCAUCAUCGCCGUGACGCUCCGCAACAACUGGAAGACGCUCUUCCACCGCGAGGGUGGCACGUACCCCUGGGUGGUGGACCGCGUCGUCUUCCCCACCAUCACGCUGCUGCCCCCCGUGGUGGUGGCCUUCUGCACCCACGACCUGGAGUCCCUGGUGGGCAUCACGGGGGCCUACGCAGGCACCGGGAUCCAGUACGUCAUCCCCGCCUUCCUGGUGUACCACUGCCGCAAGGACACCGAGCUGGCCUUCGGCUACAGCAUCGUCAACAAGCACAGGUCCCCCUUCCGCCACACCUUCUGGGUGGGCUUUGUGCUGCUCUGGGCUUUCUCCUGCUUCUUCUUCGUCACGGCCAACAUCAUCCUCAGCGAGACCAAGCUUUGAUGGCGGGACUGCACACGUGUUCUGGUAACGGCCCCCACCUGGCUCCCCACCUGCAGAGCCAAGAGUUGGUUGCCUCCUAGACCCUCGUGGGGCUGGAGGAGGCCAGGCACAUGGAGGGGCUGGGGGUCCACUCCCCACCCAAGAUUCUGCACCGUCUGCGCCUCACCUCGCCCACCAGGUGGUGCCACCCGGGUCUUCUGCAGGGUUGCCCCUUGAGCUGAGCAGCCUGACACCAAGACUUGUCACAG